AUGGGGCCUACAAGCGCGUCCAAAGUGCGGAGUCCCCGCGGGCGCCUUCUGGGACUGCUGCUGCUGCUGCAGCUGCUGCUGCUGCUGCUCUCAGCUGGAGCAGCAGAGACUGCAGCGCAGCAGCCAAUGCAACAACAAAAAGAGCAGCCGCAAAGGCGGCAGCAGCAGCAGCAACAGCAACGGCAGCAGCAGCAACAGCAGCAGCAGAAAUCAGCGAGCAGCAACAAAAAUAAAACAGCGAGACCUCUGCAAAUCGUGAUGCCCAAUGAACUACACACCGGGUUUGUGAUCAACGAGGAGGCUCUGGCGGAGCUGGAGGAAAUCCCAGGACCUAUUGCUGUGAUUGCCGCUAUGGGUCCGAUUCACUCUGGAAAGAGUUUUUUGCUGAACAGUUUGUUGAAGACAAACCCAGCAGCAGCAGAGGGCAGCAGCAGCAGCAGCAGCAGCGAGGGUUUAGGGUUUCCCGUGGGCUACACUGUGGCCCCCGGCUCUCUGGGCCUUUCCAUUUAUUCCAAACCCUUAUUUGUAGACAGGCGCACAGGA